CUGGUUUAUCCGCUCCAAACAGAAUAUUUUGCAUUUUUAUAUCAUAUCCAAAAACUAAGACUGAAAAACUAGCUGUCUUGUCUUUUUGCUUUGCUGCAUCUACCUGUACUAAUGGAGGAAACCUUUCACCUUGCAAAAGGCUCACUUCGACCAGCGUUGCAACAGGGGGUCAUGCGCUUAUAUGGAAUGCGAUUCUGCCCAUUUGCUCAAAGGUGCUUGCUGGUCAUAAAUGCUAGAGGAAUCAAUUGUGACGUGGUUAAUGUGAAUACCGCUGAAAAACCUGAGUGGCUGAUUGAAUUGAAUCCCAAUGAAGAAGUGCCUGUUUUGGAAUUUGACAAUGGCCGAGUCUUCUGCGAAUCUCUGACAAUUUCUGAAGUCUUGGAUGGAAUGGAAGAAGCUAAAGGGGAAACUUUGCAGUCCUGCAAUCCUCUCAAUAGAGCCAAAGAUCAUCUUCUCAUUGAGCAAUUCAAAUCGCUUUUGUUGAGCUGUGCUGGCUCAGAGCCAGACAUGCAGUUGUUUUAUUUGCUCUAAGUAAACCUGGACAAAUAUGAGACUGAGCUGACAAAAAGGGAGUCGGAAUUUUUUGGAGGAGACACAGCUGGAAUGCUGGACUACAUGAUUUGGCCCUUUUUCGAACGCAUCGAGCAAUUUGUGAUCUUCAGAGGAGAAAAUCUACGACUGCCCGCUGACCGAUUUCCAAAACUUACCGUAUGGGUGGACAAAAUGAAGAGUGUGGAAGCAGUGCAGAUGUGUCUCCUGCCUCCAGAAGUUCAUGCACAGUUCUCCAAGAAUGUUUUUUUCGAAGGAGCAGUGGGCCAGCAUAAGGAGAAAUUUUUCGUUUCCCGCCGCGCAGGCGAUCAAGAUGGCCGCUCCCAGAGAGAGCCAAUCAGAGACGGCCUCUCAAUUCUUUGUUUUGAUCAUCGCGAGAUCAAAUGCGAGCUCAUGCUUUCUGGGUGUUAUUUCAUUUUUUUACAUUUUUUAAAUUAAAAUUUAGUCCGAUGAAAUGUAUUAUCUCGAGUUAACGUCACGCUUGAUGCGGCUGGGUGCAGGUUUAAUAUGAAAUUUACCGUAUUUGGCCGAUAUGAGAUGAAGAACGCAACGCAAGUGCGAUCCAAAUCGAUGAACGAAAUACGAACACAGUCAAACUACACAAAUAAUCAGAUAAGUCAAACUCAUUGCUAUUAAAAUAUUUAACCGUUUGUCCGCUGCCUGCCUUUCUGGUUUUAUUUUUUUUUAAUUUCUUUCAAACGUUGGUUGCAGAGGUAUGUCCGUAUCAAUUUUAAAGACUCUGCUGGCUGACAACUCUCAGCAAAUUUAAGUAAUUUUAUUACAUAAUACUUUUUGGCAUGGCCAGUAGGACUAGAAAUCAAUCAUGUUUUAUAAGAAUAUUUACUUUGUGUCAUUUUUUAAUUGCAGUGUCUCAAGAAGUCACGCCGCGCCGAUUAUUUUGGAAUCGACAAGCCUCCCGAAAUCCCGAGCCCGACAAGACCGUACCAUGUCUCAUCUGCAUUUCAUAGUAAUAAAGUUUUUGAUAACCAAGUUAUCACAAAACAAACUGGUUCCUGGUUGAGGACAUUGCUAAACCGGUGGAGGUGGAGGCGCUGCGCGACGGCUUCGAGGCACUCUUCCAGACCACAAAUUAUGACAAGAUUUCAGGAUUUCAGUCUCCUUCAGAAUAUGAAAAAGAAUCCUCAAUUGUCAACCCAACCCAAGGAACUAAUCUGAUUUUUUAAACCCAAAGAGGAAGUUGCAGCCUUAAUUUUAUGGAAAUUAUCUGGUGCACUUGGUCAUCGAAACUUACUGAAAAUAUUUUGGCCUAUUCACUAAUUAAAUUGUAUGUUUUUGUGUAUUGAAAUAAAAAUUUGGUAAUAUGUUAUAUUUAAAAUUCAAAUUAUUUUUUCAAAUUCAGAUGUCUCAGGAUGAAUUUGUCUCCAGAUCUUGUCUUCAAAAGGAUAAUGGGAUAUGGGAUUUCUAGAUUUUAUCAUAAAUUAAUAUGGAUAAUUCAGUUUUAGAAGAUUAAGAAGUGGAACAAUUUAUAUAAAAAUAAAAUUUAAAAAUCAUAAUUUGUACCGCAAAAAAUUUUUAAAAAAAGAAGGCAUUCCUACUGAGAUUUAAUAUUUUUGAUUAUUGAACUUCACUCAUUUAAAUUAAAACAGAGGGUAUAGUAGUUCCCAUUCAAUUACAAUUUAAUAACAAAAAGGUUCCCCAAAUUUUGGACGAGAAGAAGGUCGAUAGAUGAAUUUUUCCCGAAAAUUAUGAUACUUAACCCACAAGUUAUUACAAUUAUUUACAUUAAGUCAAUUAAUAUUGAACGUAAUUUAAAAAAGACGCUGAUUUUUAUUAUUUUGAUCAAACUGACUAGCAAACAAAAAGGUUUGUUGGGCAAAAGCUUGGCCGCCGAGACAUGUUUUACGCUUGACCGAGUGACAAAAAUCUGUCUCUUUUUGUUCUAUUGUCCAACAAAGGGAAACAGAUAUUAAAAAAAUAUUUAACUUAGAUGAAAUUGAUGCCUGCAUUGCUUUAUGAUCACAAAAAUGAGACUAAUUAAUUUUUAGCAUGUUUUUUGCUAUGGCCCGGGUUUGUUGGUGCGCUUUUUUCAAACAAAACGACAGCUGUGUGAGCAUUGACGCAUGUGCCACCUAAAUGCAGUAUUAUGAAGUAUCAAUCAAAAACAACAACACAUGAUGGGAAGCAUGAUUAGCACAACAAAAGUCAUUGUUUUGGUCAGAUUUAAAGGUAUGAUUAAUUGUUAUCAUGGGUUAUUAUUGUCGCAAUGGAAAAACACGUGCAUUCACCCAACUCAAAUGUUUCGCGCCUCUCAGGGAGCGGCCAUAUUGUGGGUAAUUGUGCGCAGCUAAAUCUUAUGCCGGCCCACUGCGAAGGAGGUUCCUGUGAUUUUGAUUUUCUUGCAAGAGACCAUCAGCAAGCAAAAUGAAAAACGGUAUUAGAGUAAAUUUUCAAAAUUAUGUUAUUUUUGGUAUUAAAAUUUAAAUUACAACUUUUUUAACAGCAAAAUUUUUGAAUUACAAAAAUACGCAGACGCCCAAUCCCGUAGCCUUAAAUUUAUAAUUCCUGAGAGAACAUUGGUUGAAUUAAAAAUUAAGUUGAUUAUAUGGUUCUGAAGAGUCUAGUCAGUGGAUUUGCAAUAUUCAAAUGGCAAUUUAAUCACAAAAUACAAGUGCAGAAGGUUUAUAAAUUACUGAUUUUAAUUAGAAGGACACAAAAUAUUAGGUAUUAUCCUGACUUUGAAAAUAAUUAUAUAUCCAGAAAAUAUAUUAAAUGCAAAAAUUAAACAUGUCACUUUAAAAAAAAACUUAAUCUGCCAUGCAAUGCCUAUACUGCUCAUAAAUGAUAAAUACAUCAAAUAUUAAAAAAUCAUUAGGCUGGCAUGCAUCGUCGAAGCUUAAAAGUGCCGCUUCGUAUCUCUUGCAUGAGUUUGUCGACCACGCAGGAAUCCUCGCCGUCUGAGGAGUCUGUUGAAGUGCCUCUGCCUCUCCUUGUUCUUUUCAUUGUGAUUCCUCUGCUCGGAGCUGGGGACUGUUGCCUCAUGGUCGUCACUCUUGCUUCUUGAACUCGCCUCUGCUCGUUCUCCUAAAAAAAAUCCCAUUUUACGUAUAAAAAAAAACUCCAAAUUUCUUUCGUCUAUACCUUAAUAGUGUUUUGAGUUUUAACUAGAAAAUCAGAGAAAAGUGAAAAGCACUCGUUCAGUUGAAAUUUUUCUUCGUCUUCGCAAAAAUGACGCGCCAACCUUGUGCUGGCUGCUUUUAUCGCCUCCAUAUGUUGGCCGAGCUCCUCUGAAGCUGUUAAUGCUCCGCUCAAAAAAUC